UAUGUUUAUUGCGAUUGGCAGCAGAGUCGAUUGCAAAGCACCGUAAAUUUACUCGGAAGCCUUACGCGCCAGAUAGCAGAGUCAGAGGCAGAUAUUCUACCUCUAGUAAAGUCUCUUCAUGCAGAUCAUCAAGAUGGGAAAUCACGGCUAACAGCAAGCGAGCAAGUUAAACUCCUGCAGCAUCUCCUAGGUCGAGAGAAACGAGUAUUUCUGAUUAUUGACGGCUUGGAUGAAUGCAAUCACGAUUCAAACGUUUCUGGCGGAACUAAAAUGGCAAGGAUUGAAUCAACCAUGAUCGGCUUGCUCGAUGUGCAACAUGCGAAGGGACAAUCUCAUCUAUCCGUACUCAUCUCCAGUCGCUUUGAGCAGCAGCCCGACGCGGCGGGCGACCUUUUCCGCCAUGUGAAGGUAAAAGCCGAAACUCACGAUAUAUCCGAUUUUAUUUAUCAUGAGCUCUCGGAUGUCCAGAAUUCGGCUUCCUGGACCAAUCCCAGCCUAGCCAGAAGCUUACAGCGUAACCCGAAAAGGCUGGAAGAGAUCACGAAUGAGUGUACAAGUCAGGCAUGCAACACAUUCCUUUUAGCUCACCUACACAUCAUAACGCUAAAGUCACAACUGUCCGUCAAAUCAUUAGCAAAGGCUGUUCGUAACUUGCCGCCCUCCCUGGAUACUGCGGUUAACGAUGCUUUGAUUAGAAUCAAGGAGCAAACCCCCUUGUUACAAGAUCUGGGCUUGAGGGUUCUCGUAUGGCUAUCAAGUGUCAGGCGGCCCCUCACCCUUGUUGAAUUACAGCACGCAAUUGGAACCGACGAGGGAGAUAUUGAAUGGAAUGACGACGGCCUCAUCCCUGCUGAUAUUCUUCUCAGCAGUUGCGCCGGAUUAGCAGAGAUCGACCAUCGAACCAAUAUAAUCGCCCUAGUGCAUGUCUCCAUUAAAGAAAUUUUAGACAUGCACCACCCAGACCUACUAGCGAAUAAGGACUUGAUGAUUUCAAAAAUAUGUCUCACGUAUUUAAACUUCUCCGAGUUCAGGUCUGAGCAACAUCCCAACCAUGAUCGAAUCGCGGAGUGGGAGUAUAACCGGCCAUUCCUCGCCUAUGCUGCUCAAAACUGGGGUAUCCACGCGAAAGUGGCACCGGAACCUGCUGCUUUGUCCAACAUUAUUCGGACACUCCGAAACGAAAGUAUUGCGGGGACAUGUUUCUCCAUGAUGUAUGGGACAACCUGGAACACAGUUGAUUCGUGUCCACAAAACGUUUCUAGGUGUCACCUCGCUGCUUUCUUUGGCCUGAACAGAACUUUAAGCACACUCUUGGAUUCCGGGAUUAACGUUGAUAUCUACGAUGAAUAUAAAAGAACACCAUUAUAUAUGGCAGCAUCCAGAGGACACACCGAUUCUGUCAAAUUGUUACUUUCACGCAAGGCUACCGUGAGUGGACGUCACGGGCCUGGGUCAGACUGCGAUGAUUCGGGAAUGCCUUUGAGGUGGUGGAUGCCACCUUGGGCUCGAGAUGACUGGAGGGGCUCUGCGAUAGAAGCUGCAGCAGAAAUGGGAUACAAAAGUAUUGUGGAAAUACUGACCGACUCUGGCGCUAGUCUAAGUCACUCUUCUGGUAUCCACGGAAGCCCACUGGAGGCGGCUGUGUUUAACGGGCAUGUUGACCUUGUCUCAUGGAUUCUUCAGAGAACUUACACCCAAAAAGCGUUCACUGGGGAUCACGACGAAGGAUUGAAUCUAUCACAUUACGGCUUGCCUACACCGCUUACGUUCAAUGCCGCUGUACUGGGUGAAUACUCUCCUGAUAAACAUGGAUCCGCACUUCAAGCUGCAGCCUUCUCCGGUCACGAUGAGAUGGUCGGCUUGCUCAUUAAAUCUGGUGCAGAGGUCAAUUUUUAUGGUGGUUGGUAUGGUACAGCCUUGCAGGCUGCUGCUGUUGGGGGAAAUCUUGCUGUUGUUAAACGACUCAUUGCUCAAGGGGCACACAUUAAUACCCUAACUGGGUUCCAUGGGAACCCCUUGAGUGCGGCAGCGUCAAGAGGGCAUCUAGAUAUCGUUAACUAUCUUCUUAGCAAGGGCGCUGCGCCCAAUGCAAGAGGAGGAGAGUAUGGAUUUGCGCUUACAGCUGCUUCUCGAAAUGGGAGUCCACUAAUCGUUCGUGCUCUCCUCGCAGCUGGAGCAGAGCCGAAUUGUCACGGCGGCAGAUACGGCCACGCAGCUCAAGCAGCUUGCAUUGGCGUUCCG